AUGGUGUCAUCUACGUUCCACCCUUUCCCUCGACUUCCUCUCGAACUGCGACAGCAAAUCUGGGAAGAAGCCUGUCUCCCAUUAGGCCCAUUCCAACGAGGCGUACAGUACCUUGAUAUCACGGUAGACGGUCUAGUUGCACCGCCAUGCAAUUUGCUUGAGACUUCUGAACAUGGCUCAAGCAACAUAUCCGCCUACAUGAUAGACGGAGGCCUUUGGAUGGCCUGCAAAGAGUCUAGAGAGAUUAUCAUAAAACACACGCACUUUGAAGAAUGGAUUCAGUUACAGAACCAAGCCAUCGAUGAAGGUCAUAGAUUGAUGAGCUACGAGGCCGAUUGGGAUAGUGACGAAUCGGACGGACACCCCGCGACCAUCGCAAUUAAAGAGGGCAAUCAAGAGUGGCAUGUGCUUUUGUACCCGGCUAAAGACAUCGUUUGCAUUCGCCCACAUGUUGAGAUACCUAUGCACCAGGAAUAUGGAGAAACGUGUAUAGACAUAUCCUUUGUUCAAGAUCCGGAGAACGAGUUGUGCCAGUCUAUGCCCGUGGACAACAUCGCAUUUGAAUUCGACCAAAGCUGGAUGGAAGGCUGUGGACUUGAAAUGUCGUAUUACGAUAUGAAAAACGAGCAGUCAGCCCGCGGAUGUUGGGCAUCUCUAAUUAGAGAGGCAAUACAAAGAGCUGCCCCACGCAGAUCUCUUUGGAUCGUCGACAAAAACGCCAAGUGGUUCAACCGUUCUGUAACUUCUGAAAGAAUUGUAUACCGCGACUGCGAAGGGGAAUAUGUCGAAGGGAGCUGGGACGAUGUACCUGAGUCAACCGGGGAUGGUGUCUCUUUCAGUGCAUCUGCAUUUCUUGGCAGCUUCUUCUGUGCUAACUCAAUGGAGUUGCGUGAGGUAUUUGCUGGUCCUGGUUCUUAUUACCCUUGUGCAUAUGAAUCAGAUGAAGAAGCGCACGAGUUCGAGUUAAAAGACAGGAUCAGACUACUUGUACGCCGGGAGAAUCAGGUACAAGAAACCACGUGGAGGUGUCGGGAAAAAUGUGAGCGUAUAGGCUGGUGUAUCUGCCAGGAUGAUGAGGGUAACUGGUGGGACGACGAAGAUUAG